AUGCGCGUGUGUUGUGCGGGUUCAGGCAGCUUCUCUCAGGUGCGCCUCUGCUCCCAUCCGCUCUGUGCCAAACUGCGCCUUCCUCUCUGCGCGUCUAAAGACUCCAGUUCACUUCCAACCGCGGGGGGAGUGUGCUGCGCGCUCUUCCACACGCAGGAUGGAAUGGAGCGAGUGGUGAGUGCGUGUCCAUGCGUGCGCCGCUUCGGAUUGUGGCAUUGGCUGGUCCAGGCAGAUUCUGGAGAUUUGGUGACGAAGAAGUCGGACAAAAUGCUGGAGGAGGGUGCGGAGGUGAAGAGAGUCCAGUCGUUCCGGAUAAGAAAAAUGUAA